CUUUGAUUGGGUCACUGACUAUGUUAUUUCCCCUACUUGGGAUCAAAGUCAAACGAGACUUUUUAUCAGAGUGGCCACCGGGGCAUAAUGUAAUUAUGCAAAUGCCAUUCCUCUGCGGGGCUCUUCUUUUUUGGUUGAGGCAAGCAGAAGGACACUGAGUCAGCGCUGGAGAGCUUGAGCAGCGGCUGAACGUGCGUGUGUACGCUGUGCACGUACGUGGGCCGUCGUCACAGCGCCGCAACAUUUCUUGCUGCGUUGAUGAAAUCUACUGUUUUUCUCGCCGCCAUGUUGUGAGAUCUUUUUGGAUGGAUAAUCUGAAUGUACCGUGUCUCUUGGUCCCUGCAGAUUUACCAGGAGUGAAGUUUUCAAAGGUGUGAUCACAGUAGAAUACAGCCAUGCCGUAGGCAGUAUUUUCAUCCUUCUUUGUGGGUGUCUGUCUAUAUGUGUGCCCAACUAUGCCAGCGAUCAACAAUGACCAAAAGUGGGAGGUGUCCGGGAGGGGGAUGGGUGUAACUUGUCUUCCCCCUCCCACAAGGUCCCUCCCGAGCAGCCCGCCAAGAAUCGAGCAUCUGAAGCGGAUGAGUCUGUCUGCAAUGCUCGGGGAGUACCACCGAGACGAGAUGCACAGAGACUUGCCCAUGACCUCCUCUUUGCCGUGCAAUUCUCUGCAGGGUUUUCGAGCAAUGGGUGAGUCGAUCGAGAUGACCAACGACCUCCUGGAUUUGAGCAAGCCCUUACCUUGGGAUCGACUGAAGCGGGGUGCGUCCACAAUGAGCCUGGAUAGCCUCAACGAGAACUACAUGGAGUCAGUGCCAGGUGAGAUGGCUGUCCUAGAGGACCAGGACAAGACGCCAGUGGCUACCUGCACCUGCGGCAAGACCACCAACUUUGAGUGCUGGGUGCACCGUGUGCCAUUCAGCGGGGCAGGUGAGCUAACGGAAGAGAUCAGCCAGACAUGUCUGCAGCUUGUGAAGGAGUUGCGCUCAGAGCCGUCUGGCUGCGACGGAGUCAUAAAUGAUCCGUCCUAUGAAAACAAACAUGACUAUGGAGGUUUAGACCUCCACUUGAAAGAUUCCCCACCGACCAAUCACGUCAGAGAGUCUGUUGAUACCCCCUGCAGUUGGAAGAAGGAGCGGGUAUCCACCAAUGAUCUGGUGAGAGAUUUGGACACCCCCAGUUCAAAGUCUUCAGGGAGCCUUGCCUCUGCACCGUCCAUCCACCGCUCCGAGCUCUCCUCGAGUCCUGACAGUUAUGACUUGCUGUACAAGAGCUUCGAGGUUGCAGCGGAGAUGGACCGGCUGCAGUUGGAGCGCGGGCAGAGUGAGGGGAGCUCUGUGGGCUCCUCCUUGGAAAGCCUGAAUCGUACCUCCCCCAAACUCCAGAAGGUGCUGAGCCAGAAGCGGCGCAGCAGCCCCGAUGGGUCUGGGGAAAGCCCCACCGAUGUUGCAAGUUGCGACUCCAUCACGGGAAGCCAAAAAAAUCUCUGGCUCGCCCUACAACCACAGUACAACCCUCAGCCACUGACUCUGGAUACAUAUCGAUACGAAGUCAUACAUAAAGAGGACACAUGUUCCAAUGAUACAUCCCAAAAGGUCACCUUUGCCUCACUUGCCAAGAAAAAGAAGAAGCCCGAAGUCACAACCUCGCAGGUGUUACCCUCAGAGGUCACCCACUGGACUGAGCUUGUAACCUUGGGACUUCCGAAAGAGGAAUCCUGCUUACAGCCCCACACCAGCCCAAUCAGUUCUUCCAAGUGUGAGGCUGGGAAUAAAUCCAAGAGGCCCCACUCCCUUCCAAUCCAGCUGAGGCACAUACAGAAGCCCUCCAGCCGACCUCAGCAGACCCCGGAGCAAAGCCAGCAAGGGAAUACUGGAGGGGCACCUGCUGGCAUCAAGGGGGUCACAAGGACUGUGAGUGCACCGGAGGGAUUUGCAUGCAGCUUCCCAAGGUCGGCUGGAUCUGGACAGGAUUUAUCUUUGACAAAAAUGACAUCUUGGGUUGUCCCUGCAGCCUCGCAGAGCACCAGCAGUGUCUCUCUGUUGACGCGCAAGCGGCACUACAAUCAACAUUACCACACAACCCCACAGCUUGAUCCUACAAUAGGCUGUGAGGGGAGUACAGACCCAAAGAUGGCUGCCGGUAGUCCGUUGAUCAACAGCAGUAUGCAGGACAGUGGGCAUGGAAUGAGGGACCUGAGUUACCCAUUAGGUUAUGACAGUAAUGCACAGAUGCCAGUGCGAGCAACGAGGGCACGGAUCUUUGCCAUGGAUAUCAAUGCCAACUUCACUGAGCCCCAGGAGCAAGAUACCUUCAUUCCAGAGCACCAUCAUUUUAUCCCCCAAGAAAUCACAUCGGAGACUGGAAACCUCCAUAGGGAAAGCCCCACUUCCAGCCGCGUCAUAUUAGGGAACCCUCUCCAGGAUAGGUUGCAUUUCCGGUCCAACCUUGGGGUGGAAUCGUCAGCCGAUUGGGUCCCAGGGCCAAGGACCACUUGGCUGGACACAAACCGGAGAACAGUGAUACCCCCAAGAACUCUCAACCUCAUCACCCAAGAGGAGGUCAGGCCACUACAAAAGAAGGCCAAAGAGUUGCAGACUUGCUCUCGAGGUUGCAGCACCAACAGCCCUCCUGAGGUGGACCCAACAAGUUUCUUGAGAAUGUAUCCGAGGACGUACAAGGAGAAUGAACUGAUGGCCAAAGACCAAACCAAAGAAUGCAAGGACGUCGGAGUGAGCACCGAUGAAACGUUAAAUGGGAAGGGGGGAUGCUUUUGCCCCUGUGCUAAAAACUAUCACCACAUUGCUGAUAUCAAUCAGUCAACACAGACCCUGGAGUUGCGUGAUCAAAGCAGCCAAUCAGAUCUGCCCAGUAGGUGUUUGUUGGAUUCUGGAGACCGCUCUGAGAGUGGGAACAUCUCAAAAAUUGUCAAAGGAGAGUCAUUGGAUAAAGGUUCACAGGUGGGGCUCUGUCAAGAUGCUAAGGAUCAAAGCAGAUUGGACAAACGAACCUUGGAAAAGAGUGUCCAGGGAUCGAAAGCAGGAAGAAAAAGCAAGCCAAAAGUGAGACAGGGGAAGGACUGCACCAAAAAGGCUGUGCCCACAGAAACCAGCGUCCAGUCCUGGCGGGUGGGUGGCAAGGGACGACGCGGAAGUCGGACCAUUGUCACGUGCGAGGAGUCGCACGUUGCAGAUGCCUUGACCAACCGUGUGGUCCGGAUCCAGAAUGUCGGGGCUUCCACGCUGCCUGCCUCAGCCGACAAGAAGUACAUCCGUCAUCGGCCCCUGAAGCCCAUCCACCAGGUCGAUGCAGAACAUCAGCAGAGAAAAGGUUGGCAUGAUAUUGUUCGUGUGGGCAGUGAUAUUCGUGAUCGUGGCGUAAAGUUACUGCAGAAGCUUUGCGGCAAUGCUGACCAGCCAGUGGCCCCUUUGCCACCCACUGUUAUUGCCUGGCCAGGCCUACAGGAUUCCAUGCACUCCAGGGCUGACCGCGUCAACUCCCUCCCGGCCGACCUCAGCCAGUACCGCAGCUGGGGCACCGCUGCAUCCAACCCACAGCCUGGCCAGUCACAACCCCUGUCGUCCGCUGGCGUGAGUACCGCUGGCCAGCCAAUCAAGCGCAUCUUGUCAUGGGAAUCUGGGGCAGAGAGGCACAGCAUUGACGAGUUCCAGCUGGACGCAAAUGGCACAAGUUUGAAGGGGCGCCCUCUCAGUCUUGAUGUGUCCAGUGAUUACGAUGUUGGUGCUGACUGCCUGCCUCCGCAGGAGAUGCAAGUUUCUCCCCGAGAAGCCAAAGAAGAAGUUGAUUUGGUACAAAAGAAAGCUCUUGUGACGGCAGUCGAGGGCGCUGUUGAACACAUACUGAGCCACUUUGGCCAGGCAAAGACAAAGAGCUUGGAGGAGAAGGGCCGUCUGGGCAGCACAGCCCUUACUCCAGAUAUUGGCCAUCUGAUGCUCCACUACCUGUGUCCGGCCAUUAGAGCCUUAUUGCUGGAUGGACUACAGCCGCACGUGACCAGCUUCUUUGUUGGACGCUUGAAGACAACACUGUGGGGUGUCGUGGAGGCAACCACUCAGCUUGGACCCGGUACGAGGCCCUUGCAUGAGCUUGUCCGGCAGCUGUCCCAGCUGGCAUACUUGAAGACGUCAGACCUUAGAGUCAAUGCUUUCAUCAUGGGACUCCUCAACAUCCGAUGCCUGGAGUUGUGGCUGGAGCAUAUCAGAGACCAUCCAGAUAUCGUCAGGAACCUCUACGAGCCAAAUGCGUUCUUGAGUCUUUGCAACGGUGCCACCAAGGCUUUCUUUGAUCGGCUCUUGAUUGCCAUUCAACCACUCACGCUUCUCCCCUUUGACCUGGACUACAAAUUUGAGCACCAGGGCCUGGUGCACGAGCUCAACCAGCAGAGGGAGAAGCAACAGCUGAUGGAUCGGUACGGCGGCAAGCCCAACAGCAGUACACUCUUGACACAGAGCCACACCUCAGUGGGAGGGAGUUGGCUCAAAGGAACAGCCAGCUUGCUCUGGAAAAACUGGGAGGGGACACAGAAGCCGGAAGAGCCCGCCUCAAGUGGGACCAUGACCUCAUCGCUAGGGUUUCUAAGAAACAUAAAGGGACAGAGGUCAGUCGAAAGAACUAAAAAUAGUCGGUCUUCAGAACAACCUGUUUCUGGGAUGUUGAAGACUGACGAAAAUUCCACCCCUACUCAGGGAGUGGACCCAACCAGAGACUCAUUUUCAAACAAGGAAGCCAGCAACAGUUGGUCCCUUGAAUGGAUCAAAGGGUUUGUGGCAGCUUCUACAGAAGCGACCACUUCCAAUGCAGGGGUGAGCAGUACAAAGAAUAUGACAUCAUCAGGGUCGACAUGGAGCAGAUUUGGAAGCAGCCUUUCAAAGGCCUUUGACCGCAUCAGGCCAGACAGCAUAGCUACCACGACCCAACGACAGCCAGUACGGCAAGAGUGGCCUAGCAGAACAUCAGACAAAGAAACAAUCUCCCCCAAGCAAGUUGCAUCUCCAAGGAAGAUGGAGUCACCGAGCAGCCCUGUGGCUCCAGGGAGUCCUGUCAAGGCGCGCUGCCAUCAUGUCACCAUGUCCAAGGAGCAGCUUAGCUUCACCAAGGGCUCCAUCCUGACCGUUCAGCAGCAGGUUGAUCCCGAUUGGCUCAUGUGCUCCCAGGGUGAUCAAUCGGGGCUUGUCCACAUCGACUAUGUCCAGGGAAUGGAGUAAGGUGUCUAUAUGUCUAUAUUUGUGAAAAGGAUUACGCUUCAAUUUCUUUUCAGCCCCCGGCACUCAGAACGUGCUGUUUCCACAAUAAUAUACCGUUGUUCUUUUCCACAGAAUUCUUCAAGUUCAUCUUGAAUUCAUCGAAAUUAAAUGAGAAAGAAGCAUAAUCAAAUGUAAUUGAUGACAUGAGGGUAAAAAGGAAAACAUAAAUACCAGAACUUAUUUUCUUUUUGUUUUAAUUGGCUGAUAGGUGGUGACGAAAUUUGAUUAUGUGGCAAAAACUACCUACUUUGAAAAAAUUGUGGCACACUGUCCCUGAGUUCUGUGUGAUUGUAAAGCAUGACAGUUCAACUCCAUAUAUCUGAAAACUGUAGAUUUAGAAUUGCGGGACAAUAAUACCCUUCAAAUGGCAUAGAUAGGGCUGUGAAUAGUGUGAAAUUAGGCAUCUUUAGUUGGCCCAAAUUUCAAAGCACUACUUAGCACAUGUGCAUAUACCUCAGUAAAUGCUGCCCCUAAUGAUAAAAGGGUGAGGCCACAUGACCAGCAGUGAUUUAUUUGCAUAUUUAAUCCAUCACAAUUUAUGGACGCACAGUUCAUGAAUGGAUACCUGAAAUUUGGGAUACUAGGAAGUUUGCCCAACUUGGUUUGAUGUCUGCCCAGCGCCACCAAUAUGGUAUCUAAUCUAAUGGUAUUUCCCAUAAUGAACAGAUAUUUUUUCAUGAAUAGUUCUCUCAUUAGGAGUUGUAAAACCAGUGUCAUGUGUAAUUAAUGUGUUUAUAACAAAAACUGGCAACAUUAUGUUUGUUGCAUUAGUGAUAAGCCAGGCCACUGAUGUACAUGUAAUCCAUUCAGCCAUUCAUGUAUUUAACCAAACUCGCAGUAAUAAGUAAAAACGGAUAUUUCAAACACUGGUUUUGUACUAGUGAACCUUGUUAGCAGUGUUACAGUUGAGUAUACCGAAGACCAAGGCCUGGGAAAGAGUACUCAAAUCUAAAUUCAGAUUUGAGAACUUCAAAACUGUUGAUGAGAAGAUUUAGGUAUAUACUUUCAACUUUUUCAAAAUAUUUAACUUCCUGUUCUAUUUAACUUCAUGUUCUUGCUCAUUUUUACUCACUGACACUAUUAACUUCUUUGGCCUGUUUUGUCUGUUGAGUAGUAAGCACAAAAAAGUGCAAUACGUUUGAUUUACCAUAUUCCCUUUUGGCUGGCUCAUCUAGAGCAAAAAAUUUUCCAUUGUAUCAUCUAAAAUGCUAAACUUAAGGCAUGCGCAACAUGUAUGCCACUUGCUUGAUUUGCAUGCCGGUCUUUUACUGCUAAGUCAAAGGUCAUCUUUACGGCAAGCAUUUCAAUUCAGCAAUGUAAUAUUAUGUAGAACGUUUGAUGUGCAGUCCAGUACUAGAAUUAGAGAUGUGUGACUUGAAGCGUUGAAAUAUCUUUGCCUGAUGAACUUACAACACAAUGAUUAAAAUCAGCAUAAAUGCUUCGUUCAUUAAAUGUGUAGUAGAUUUCUGUUUUUGCUGAAAUGGAACACAUCUGUAAAAUUGUAAAAUAUAACGUAUAAUUCAUCCCAAGCCGGCAUGUACAGUAUGCUAGUUCUUGUAAAUGUUUCUGUAGAAAGUGUACAGUAGGUGUAAAAACUAGAUUCUUUCCACAAGUGUGUAUGCUCCAGAGACCAGGAAAAAAGACAAAACGCGUGUUUGGUUGCCCUUGUGAUGUCUGGAUGCACAAAUUAAUUUGGAAGUGAAAUCAGGAA